AUGGACUCACUUGUCAAAUAUUGGCUUAAGCCUUCUACUUACAAUACAGCUGUUGGUAUUUAUGCAACGUUUCCAUUUGUAAUGGCACCCGCUUGCCUGUUUAUGAAUGCACCUUAUGGUCGAUUUGCGGGUAAACUCGCUGUAGAUUGGAGUUUGAAUGGUAAAUGGAGUUGGUUUGUCAUGGAAGUUGUUUCGCCCGUCGUAUUUGCUAUUUCGCUUGCGAUAACUCGGCCUCGCUGGACGUCUUUUCAAAUGAUCCUGUCUUCUGCUUGGAUGGUUCAUUACAUCAACAGAAGUAUCAUAUAUCCUUACCGCGCUUCUUCUAUGGCACCUAUUCAUGUACUCACCUUUCUUUGUUCUGUGGCAUUCAAUGUCAUCAAUGGAUAUACCAAUGGCAUGUGGGUUGCACGUCAUAGUAACUCAAUUGCAAACCCUCAGUUUUGGUUGGGCAUGACUCUCUGGGCUGCAGGAUUCUUUUCUAACAUUUACCAUGAUAACAUUCUCUUCAAGUUGCGAUCCAAAAAGAAAAAAGAAGAAAAAGAAGAAGGCGAAAAGAAAUACUUUAUCCCCCAUGGUGGAUUAUUUGAAUACAUUAGUUGUCCUAAUUAUUUUAGUGAGUCCGUUGAAUGGACUGGUUACGCUUUAGCUACGUCAGGAUACAAUUGGCCUGCUAUUUUGUUUGCAGCUGCCACUGCUUCUAAUUUGUAUCCUCGAGCAUGGCGUACACAUGCUUGGUACAAGAAGCAGUUUGACAAUUACCCUUCUACAAGAAAAGCUGUAAUUCCAUUUGUGUUAUAA